AUGGCCAACAGCUUCAUCGCGUAUCUUCGAGGCGACCAGAAUGCGCCAGGCGAGCGCAAGCUGGUGCAGAAGCUCGACUUCUUCAUCCUUACUUUCUGCUGUCUCAUGUACUUUCUGAACUAUCUUGAUCGCACAAACCUCAACAAUGCGUAUGUUUCUGGCAUGAGGGAAGAGUUGAGUUUCAAAGGCAACCAACUCAAUCAAAUCAACACUGUUUUCACUGUUGGAUACACCAUAGGCCAAGUCCCAUGCAACAUAGCCCUCUACUACAUAAAACCCCGCUACUUCUUCCCAGCAUGCAUGGUAGCAUGGGCGGGCCUAACAAUGGUAACAGCCGCUGCGCAAAAGCCGCAAGACAUAAUGGCCAUCCGCUUCUUCCAAGCGCUCUUCGAAUCCUCCACGUUCGUAGGAACUCACUACAUCCUCGGGUCCUGGUACACAGAAAAAGAGCUAGGGAAAAGAUCCGGCAUCUUCACUGCAUCGGGUCUGGCUGGCACGAUGAUAGGCGGGUUUAUCCAGACGGGGAUUCAUAGUAGUAUGGAUGGGUUGAGGGGGAUGAGUGGGUGGAGGUGGUUGUUUAUCAUCGACGGCAUAAUCACCCUCCCCGUAGCCCUCUAUGGUUUCCUCCUCUUCCCCGACACACCACGCAACACCCGCGCCCCCUACCUCUCCGCCACCGAAAAAGCACUCGCCAUAUCCCGCGUCCCUGAAGUCAGCGAACGCACCCCAAUCUCCUUCUCCUUCCUAAAACACUGCUUCAGCACAUGGUACUGGUAUUUCUUCGUCAUCCUGUGGAUCCUAGCCGGAGAAACCGAAUCGUUUAGCACAAACGCCUUGUUGCAACUCUACAUGCGCUCCCACCCAACGGAAACAUACACCGUAGCCCAGAACAACAAUUAUCCAACCGGUGUCCCAGCAGUCGGCAUAGCAUCCACACUCUUCUGGGCGACCCUCACGGAUUUCAUGGGCGGAAAACGUUAUCUAGUCGGCUACUGGAUCGCAGCCACCGGCAUCAUAACCUCUGCGCUCAUACUCGCCUUUCCACACUCCACACCCAUCCACUUCGGCAUGUACUACUGGGCGGGCAGCGUGUACGCCUGCCAAGCCACGUUCUUCGCGUGGGCGAACGAUGUGCUGCGGUACGAAGAAGAUAGUUUGCGCGCGGUGGUGAUAGCGAGUAUGAAUAUGGGGAGUAAUGCGAUUAAUGCUUGGUGGAGUAUUUUGUUCUACGGGGCGGAUAUGGCGCCGUAUUUUACGAGGGGCAUGUGGGCUAUGAUUGCGGUUAGUAUUGGCAUGGGGGUGUGGUGUGCGGGCGGGGUUUGGUGGCAGGAGAGGAGUGAGGGGAGGAGGGAGGGGAGUGUUGUGCAUGCUGAGGUUAGGGGGAAGGGGGAGGAGGAGGGGAGGUUUGCGGGGGGUGAAGGCGAGGCAGAGAAGGUAUAG